AUGUGUCGAGCUGGCUACAAAGGAAAACAUGGCCAUUUUGAUGUACCCGAGCAAACUCUACAACAAAUGAAUGCACUCUACAUGCAGGUUACUGUAGGCGAUUACGAUGGAAAUAAACAUUUAAAAUGUGCAAAUGAAUGGAAAAAACUUCGUGGCAAAACAAAAAUUGACUGUCAGAGAGAAUUUAUAAAAGUAACCAAUCGGACAAUUACUAUGUAUGGAUGGAAUCCACCGGAUGGUUGGCUAUAG